AUGAGUUGUGCAAACCCUGGGAGUAGUAGUAGCGGAGGGGGAGGGGGAGGAGGAGGGAGUGGAGGAGGAGGAAGUGGCGGUGGCGGACCGUGUGGUGCUUGCAAAUUCUUGCGUAGGAAAUGUGUGGUAGGGUGCAUAUUCGCCCCGUAUUUCGAUUCGGAACAAGGGGCUGCUCAUUUUGCAGCGGUGCACAAGGUGUUUGGAGCAAGUAAUGUGUCAAAAUUGUUGUUACAUAUUCCUGUGCAUAAGAGGCUUGAUGCUGUUGUUACCAUUUGUUAUGAGGCUCAAGCUAGGCUUCGUGACCCCGUUUAUGGUUGUGUUGCUCAUAUCUUUGCUCUUCAACAACAGUUCAUUUGUAACGACUAA